AUGACCGACAGUUUCUUUCUGCCACCAAUUGCCAAUGGCAGAUCUGGAGCCCAGAACUCGGCUACGGUCAUUGGUCUAUAUGGUGUGUCCGGCGUGGGCAAAACAUUGCUGCUUAAUCGACUUAGGAGGGAACUGGGUGACGAGUUAUUCACAUAUCAUGAAGGCUCUGCCGUGAUUUCUGGGGUUGUACCCGGUGGACUUGAAGCUUUUCAGUCACUAGAAAAAGAAGAGAAGAACUUCUGGCGCAAACGAGCUAUUGAGAGCAUCAGAGAAUCCUCGAUCGAGUCUGGAAAAACCGCUAUUGUUACCGGUCACCUGAUCUUGUGUUCAGAAAAAGGGACCCACGAAAUUGUUCAUACCGAUAGUGACCUGGAGGUUUUCUCACACAUCUUGUAUCUGGACGAGCCUGCAGACGUGGUUUGGUCUCGGCAUUUGUCCGUGGAAGACAUCUCUCAAUGGCUCAAAGCUGAAAAGUCGCUGUUGCGUCAACUCUGCUACAACAACUGUAUUCUGUUCGCUCUCGUGUCUCCUUGCAAGCUGGAUGCAAUAACAACUCUGCUUAUUGACUUCUAUAAGCACGAUGAAGUCUAUAACUUGAACCUUGCAACAAGAAAAUUGGAUGCUGCCCUUGGAUACUGUCGUGACCAUCUGCCUGAAACCUUUCUUGUGCUUGAUGGAGACAAAACGCUCGCCGCUGACGAUACCGGAGACAUGCUGUGGCGAACACAUUUACCUUCAGUGACCGAUAACCUAACCCCGUUAGAAGCUAUUUUCACCAGCAAGCUGGGCUACUCAUACGCUGCAUUCCGCCAGGUGUCUUUGCUCUACGAGGAGAAAUUUACAAAUGAUGAGUUCGAGAGAAUUUGCUCACAGGUGGCGUCCUCGGUUCGGCUUUAUCCCGAAAUGCUAUCGUUGCUCCAUAAUAUCGAAUCUAAAGCGCAUAUCGGCGCAGUGAUUGUCACCUGUGGACUGCAGCAGGUAUGGACUAGCGUGCUUGAGAAUAGCGGUCUCACUCGAAAAUUUGUCGUCAUCGGAGGUGGUCGUCAUCCGGAUGAUUGCGUUGUUACUCCCAUUGUCAAAGCUGCAAUAGUGGACCAUCUUAAGGAAACUUACUGCAGUUACGUUUGGGCCUUUGGGGACAGCCCACUCGAUCUCGACAUGCUACGCCGAGCUGACGAAGCCAUUGUUGUUGUGGGUGAUCUCCAUACCAGGAGCCGGUCGAUGGAGACCAAAUUAGCCACUGUUAUCGAGCGUCAUAAGUUGCACGCACAUCAACUACUCUUACCCAGUGGGGUGCCAUCACGUCUAGACACAGAAAGGCUCCCCACAAUCACCUUGGAGAAUCUAAGCAGGUCAAUCAAUUUUGAGAUUCUCCACAGCUCCAACACAAAUGCUGCCAAAUUGUUAGCGACACCGAUGCGCGACGCUAGUGUUUGCGGCCCCUUACUUAGGGGAGCGCACAAGCGUGCGGGAUACUACCUUUCAAUGACUCACGUGUCUACUCUCCUUGGCCUUGAGACCACCCAAAUACCUCAUGUGCAAGGAUAUGCCAUAGAUGGCUUUCAACUCCGCCACGAAGCAAAAACAAUAAUAAUAGCGCUGAUGCGAGGAGGUGAACCCAUGGCUCUGGGAGUGAGCGAGGCGUUUCCUAGAGCAAUGUUUCAUCAUGCUAGCUGUGUGGCAGAUAUUGCGCAUGAGCAUCUCAAUGGCAGAGUUACCGCAAUUCUUGUAGACUCAGUUAUUAACACAGGACGUUCUGUUUCGGAGAUGAUUCGGCAUAUUCGGCAGAUCAAUGCAACUCUCCGUAUUGUGGUAGUGGCUGGUGUGGUUCAGAAACAGGCUGUGGCCGCUCGCAGUCCACUAUGCAUGCUUGCGCGCAAGUCGAAUGUUGGGCUUGUUGCCCUUCGCCUUUCAGAGAACAAAUACACCGGCAGAGGAACAACCGAUACAGGAAACCGACUUUUUGGUACGAUGCACCUAGCGUAGAAGAGACACAGCAUGGAUCAUGGGCUUCUUAAGAGCUUCACAUGAUGAUGGUAU